AUGGCUUCCUCCAACCCCGCAAACUUCGCCAACCUUCCCAAGGACGAGCUGAAGGAGAUCGCAGCCAAAGGCGGCCACGCUUCCCACGGUGCUCACAACGACUCUGCCAACACCGAGCACCCAGACCGUAACCCUGACGGUACCUUCACCAAGGGCUCUGAGCUCGCCAAGGAGCUGGGCGCUCAGGGAGGCCACAUUGCUCACCAUCAAAGCACCACCAGCAGUGCCAUCAGCGACGAGAGUGGUCGUAACCCCGAUGGCACCUUCAAGGCCGGCAGCAAGCUCGCCCACGAUCUUGGGGUCAAGGGUGGUCAUGCGUCUCACGAGCAUGGUCAUGAUGGCCAGAGUGGUGAUGCUGACGCCAACGGUCGAAACCCGGACGGCACUUUCAAGGCUGGCAGCCAGCUCGCUCAUGACUUGGGUGUACAGGGCGGACGCGCUUCACACUCGCACCAGCAGUAA